AUAUCCGGACUCGUGGCGCCAUUACGGAUACUGAGUCUAAACGGUUGAUGUCUGAUUUGGGAUUGAUCAACCGGAGAUAUCAGAGAAUAUGGCUUGGUUUCUAGGACUGGGAAUACUCCUAGUGCAAUUGAUCUUGUUGAGCAAUUUUGUUAUCGCUGGACCUGCUAAUUUCGAAGUGGAAGUUAUCCCUGGUGCAUAUAUUGCGGAAUUCGCUGAUCAUUUGGACAAUCACGAAAAUGCCUUCUUCUCAGAACUCUCAACCGCAAAGAUCCCCGCAAAACUUCGACUCAGUCUCUCCUCUUCCGUAUUCAAAGGUGCAUCGUUCCAUCUAGACGACACGCAUGACGAACACGAUGAACGGAGGAAGAUUGAACAGAUCGCCUCUUCGAAAUCUGUCAAGAAGGUCUUUCCAAUGCGGAAGUACUCGCUUCCCUAUGAGAAGGUCAGCACGGCGGAUAAGCACCAGGUCCAUUCUUCGCCCAAGCAGAAGAUCGAACAACGUGCCACCGACGACAAUUUCUAUUCGCUGCAUACAGUGACUGGAGUUGAUAAACUGCGCGAGGAAGGAUUCACAGGCUCUGGAGUCCGUGUCGCCAUUAUCGACACAGGCAUUGACUACAACCAUCCUGACCUAGGCGGGUGUUUCGGCCCUGGAUGCAAAGUUGGUUUCGGAUAUGACCUCGUCGGCGAUGCGUAUACUGGUGAGAACGAGCCCGUCCCGGAUCCUGAUCCGUAUGAUAACUGUGGUGGCCAUGGGACGCAUGUUGCUGGUAUUAUUGCUGCAUCCUCUAACGAGCAGAACUACUUCACUGGUGUUGCUCCGAAUGUCACGUUGGGCGCGUACCGUGUCAUGGGAUGCAAUGGAGCUGUUUCAAAUGAUGUGCUUAUCAGAGCAUUUGCGAUGGCGUACGAGUCCGGUGCAGAUGUCAUUACAUCUUCGCUUGGAGGGAGCGGUGGUUGGAGCGAAGAACCCCUCGACGUCGUGGUCUCAAACAUAGUAAAAGCAGGCAUCCCAUGCACCGUCUCAGCCGGCAACAGCGGAACAAUGGGCCCCUUCCACUCCUCAACCCCAGCAGGCGGCAUCGGCGCAACAUCCGUCGGCUCCGUCGACAACAAAGCUUACCCCAUGCUCCUCGUCCCGGGAAAAUACGUUGCCGGGAGUAUAGAUUCCGAAUUUGGCUGGGCACCAGGAAUCCUCUCCAAUAUCUCAGAGGGCACCUACCAGCUCUACGCACUAACCUACAACACCUCCUCCGCAGACGACGCUUGCCACGACCUCCCCGCCGAACCAGCAGAUUUAUCAGAAUACAUAAUCCUUAUCCGUCGAGGUGGGUGCUCGUUUAGCCAAAAGGCAGGCAACGCAGCUGCCCGUGGCGCGAAACAUAUUCUCUUCUACAAUACACAGCCAGGAACGAACCAAGCAUACGUCUACGCACCUGGAAUCGAAUCCGCAGGAAUGGUCCCGCAAACUCAAGGCCACAAAUGGAUCGCCCUCCUCGAAACAGGACACAAAGUCCACCUUACCAUCCGUUCCCCCAAACGCGCUGGCCUCGCUAUCAUGGAAGAACCAAACUACACUACAGGCGGAUACAUGAGCACAUUCUCCAGCUGGGGCCCGUCCUACGAAGUCCAGACAAAACCCCAGAUCUCUGCCCCAGGAGGUGUUAUCGCCUCAACGUACCCCCUCGCCAUGGGCGGAUAUGCAGUCCUCUCCGGAACAUCCAUGUCCUGCCCCUACGCAGCAGGCGCUAUAGCACUCCUCCUCGAAGCACGUGGGAAACUCGACCCAGAAACCAUCAACAAUCUCCUCUCCACAACAGCAACACCAGAACCCUUCCACGACGGCAUAUCCGAAUACCCCUUCCUCGCACCAGUCCCCCAACAAGGCGCUGGCCUAAUAAACAUCUACGACGCCGUCCACGCAACAACCCUCCUCUCCGCACCCUCAAUCUCCUUCAAUGACACAGCCCAUCUCCUUAAAAAUGGCGGGUUUACUAUAAAAAACACCAAACCAGCAGCAGUAACAUACGAAAUCGCCCACAUCCCCAGCGCAACAUUCUACACCUUCACAACAAAGGGAUCAAAAUCACACUUCACAACAGGCCACCCACCAGAAAUGAUCCCUCGCGGCGCAGACCUCUCAUUUAGUAUCACAGAAGUAACAAUCCAACCCGGCGAACAAGCAUUCAUACACGUCUCCCCGAUCCUCCCCUUCAACAUGACCACAGAACGUAUACCAGUAUAUAGCGGGUUCAUCACCAUCAACGCGACAAACAGCGAGAAAGACGAGUCUCUCUCACUGCCGUAUUUGGGCGUUGACUCGGUGCUAAAGGAAGUGCCAGUCCUCAACAAACAACACGUCUUUUUAACAUCGACCUCUAGGCCUGGUGUGCCGUGGGCGGGUCAUUAUCAGUUUAAUAUUCCGCCGCCGAAUAGUACGCGGGCGAAGUAUCCGGGGCUUCUUGCGCCGGCUGUUUUUGCGGAGUUGAAGAUGGGGACGGCGUUGCUUCGUGUUGAUGUGCAGCCUGUUGAUGCGUUUCCGCCAAAUCAGACUCAUAUUCCCAGAACUAGAGUCAAACGUGCGUUUAAGUACAACACAGAAAAAGUUCUCGGACAGGAAAUCCUCGGCUCGAUCGACAGUUUUCCGGCACGCUAUGUACCAGGUCAAAAUGCUGCGGGUACAUGGCAUGGGAAGUUGAGUGAUGGGACUUAUGCGCCGGCCGGCAAUUAUACGUUUCUGGUGAGUGCGUUGAAGAUUUUUGGGGAUCCGGAUAAGGAGGAGGACUAUGAGAGGGUCAAGACGGAUAUUUUUGGGAUUUGGUAUGGGUAGAUUAACUUAAUUUAGUUUAUUUAGAAUA